AUUAACGCACAUGUCCCGCUCAGAAAGUAUUCUGCCUUUUGGUAAGUUUUAAAGCAAGGCUUUUUGCGCUGUCCAACAGCGAACUCUUGUGGUCGCUUUGCGACAUGGUUUAUUGUUUCCUUGCCAGUUCAUUAUGUCUGCAAGACGUCUCGGGCUGAUAAUGUUGUGCUUAUAUGAUCCUUGGACAAGAUUUGUCCGGGAAUCCAUAAUUAAGAGACACACUCAACUCCAGAUUGCAAAGAUUGGACAUUGGCAUUAUGGACACUCCGACGAGCGCUUCACCAGGUUUCCAAAAGGUGGAGAUCCAGAAGACGACGUGGGAAGUCCCUUUAAGAUAUACAGCGCUGCGCGCAGUUGGCACCGGUGCCUACGGGACUGUGUGGUGAUAUGCCUCCUUGAUGUCUUCACACCUGAUUCAUCCGUGGAGAAAUUCCAAACCUUUUAUAUGGUGAUGCCCUUUGUAGCACAAGAUCUGGGCCACAUAAUGAAAAAGCGGAGAUUGACUGACCGCAUCAUCACAUACCUGUUUUACCAGCUUCUGAGAGGACUUAAGUACAUUCAUUCUGCUGGCAUCAUCCACCGGGACCUCAAGCCUGGUAAUCUUGCUGUAAACGAGAACUGUGAAUUAAAGAUAUUGGACUUUGGUCUUGCGAGGCACACAGAGAGUGAGAUGACUGGUUAUGUGGUGACCCGCUGGUACCGAGCUCCAGAGGUCAUAUUCAAUUGGAUGCAUUACAGUCAGACAGUGGAUGUCUGGUCAGCUGGCUGUAUCCUGGCCGAGAUGAUCACUGGACAGGUUCUUUUUCCUGGGCACGACAGUAUUGAUCAACUAAAAAAAAUCCUUCGCCUUACUGGAACGCCUGACACCUCUUUGGUACAGAAGAUGCAGAGUAAAGAUGCACAGUCGUAUGUUGAAGGUCUUCCUACACAAACAAAGAAGAACUUCAAACAAGUUUUUCCGUCUAUGGAAGAAAAUGCUGUGUCACUACUGGAAGGCAUGUUACUGCUGGAUCCAGACACAAGACUGACAGCCAAACAGGGACUUACCCACCCCUUCAUGGCGGAAUACCAUGACCCGGAGAGCGAACCCGACUCUCGGCCUUAUGAUGACUCUUUUGAGAGCCUGGAGCUCGCCAUUGGGGAAUGGAAGAGUCUCAUCCACAUGGAGAUCAUGACUUUUGACCCUGAUGACCCGAGUAAGACGGCCAUAUAGGAGGAUGCUUUGGCACCACGACCUGUAGCCAAUAUAUGAUAUACUGUAGUUUGUUACAUACCUGAUGUUAAACUGUCAGACAUAUUACCUCAGUGUAUUUUUUAUUUCAUUUUAUUUCAUAUGUGAUGGUCUAGAACUGUGGUAUGGGCCAAACAAGAACCUGACUUUGUAUUUGAUGUUUAUUAAAUAAAUACAUUGUUUUAAUUAUCAAACAAAUGUGAACAUGUCAAUGUUUAAAAGUAUCCUUUCAAGGUGAAUCAAUGUCAGCCAACCAUGCUCUUGAUCAUUAACGUCUUGACUGACUGAAAUUAUUUUACACGUUUUCUU